AUGGCCAGUCGGAACUGUUCCCCAGCCGAUAACCGGCUACACAUGUGGCGGGGACCACCCUCCCGCGCCACCGUGCCCGCACCCGCCGCAGCGGACGAGCCCUCGGCUACCGCCGCAGCAGACGAGCCCUCGGCGCCCGCUUCGGCGGACGAGUCCUCGGCGCCCGCUUCGGCGGACGAGUCCUCGGCGCCCGCUUCGGCGGACGAGUCCUCGGCGCCCGCUUCGGCGGACGAGUCCUCGGCGCCCGCUUCGGCGGACGAGUCCUCGGCGCCCGCUUCGGCGGACGAGCCCCCGCUAGCUAUCCGGACUCCUCCCAGCCUCAUCCGUCGCGCCCUGGUGGCUCUGCUUGUGAGCCCUCGAGCAACGGUGUCCGCUGCCUCGUUGCCAGGUAGGGAGGAGUGCGCAGGUGCCCAGAUGAUAUGGACAACCCGCUGA